UCAAGCCCUGACAACCGUUUUCCUGCGCACUUUGGCAGUAGCGGCAGCAUCUGACGCAUGUCCGCUGAAACACGUUUUUGAAAUAUUACAGGUACGGUGGCUUCUGCCUCGUCUACAAGCUUUACCCGUGGAAUCGUCGGGCGCUCGUCGCAAGACUGUGGUGCCCGUGCCCCGUCUUUGGCCUACCCCGGUUUCAAGCACUCAACUUUACUCCCGGUUUCUUCUGCCACUUGCAGCCUCAUCGCCGAUACUGUGAGCCCAUACCGCCGCGCGGAUUUCCCUGCCAUAGAUCUACUAUCAACGCACAUUCCGAAGCGCCCCCUGGACCAGUGGCUAUAUCAAGCCCUGACAACCGUUUUCCUGCGCACUUUGGCAGUAGCGGCAGCAUCUGACGCAUGUCCGCUGAAACACGUUUUUGAAAUAUUACAGGUCCGGCUGUCCAAGUACUCAAUCCGCAAGACCAGCAGGACAUAGAGAAGUUAAUAGAGUGGGUACGUGCCAUGGCAUAGGAAGCAAGCAAGCAAGCAAGCAAGCAAGCAAGCAAGCAAGCAAGCAAGCAAGCAAGCAACGUCGGUCUCGGCUCUCGUCGAACAAUGGCAGGGGACACGACAGAGCCGCAUGGUGCUAUGUGCGUCUUUUUACCGGCUGGUUAAUUAUCGCACCUCAACCUCAUCGCUCGGGGUACCACCAUGACAAGCAUGUCUGUAUCGGAUGCGGAGGGGCUCAGCACUUCCAUGACGACCGGAGGCAGUCGAUCCAGCUUGAGCAGUGCUGACAUGGCCGGAGGCCGACACAGUUCUCGCGACACCCGCUACCUGACCCCUGCGGUACCGAUUCUCAUGAGGGUCAUCGAGGAGCAGGUAGUCGCCCAGAGACAUACCGGCGCUCAGCGAGAGUGGGGCUAUAUCUUCGCGCUGUUCAUGCUGAUGGCCACAGGAUCCCUCGUCACCUACGUCGUUCUCACCUCCUCAGGCGUCAUCGAUGGCGGCUCCAAGAGCAAGACGCGCUCGCACGUCCAAACAACAGCGCCCCAGCCGACCGCCUCCCCCACGACUGUGGGUGGCGCUUUCUCGGGUUCUAACACUGCCUCGACACCGACCACGUGACUCGGAGCCACGGGAAAGCGAGGACGCCGACAAUUGCGCCAUCUGGGAGGCGAGGCUUGCCAGCGAGCAACACGACUCGCGCAUUUCUACGAAACGUCGCGUGGCUGAACUGGAGUGAUACACAAUGACGGGAUGCUCGCUCUAACUAGUGACAGCGGGAUUGUUUCUUCAACAAUUCCGGCUUUCGAUUUUGUCCCCAUUACAGUUCGAUUACAGUUUGCGCAAAACUUCAAUGGUUGUGACCUUAUCCGUGCGAUUCGUAGGUGCCAUAUGUAGGUGCAGGGGAAAUUUAGCCCUGCAAUGUGCGAUAUCGAGAUGAAAAAAGUACAUGCGUUGCCUGAAUUAGUAUUAUACACGCAUGAAACGUGAAAGUCAUUUCGCUGCAUCUUUAUUGAACGAUACCUCUAAACCAUAGGCAUUCUAGAGAGGAUAGUUGCGCAAACUCUACACCAUAGUAUACAGUGGUAGUUAAUACAGUAUUGCAAAAACAAAACAAAAGACAUUGACAUUCGGGAAAGAGAUAAGUUGGGCUCCUCAGUAUAAGCGACAUCUUUACGGUGGGUAAAGUAACUGACGGUUGGUGAUGGUGACUGGUAAAUCCGCGAAGGUAGUUUACGUUCGCAAUACUUGGUACUGGCAGUGUGAUGUUUCAGCAAUCAGUGAAUAAGCUGUUAUAAACUUCGCCUAGUAAGUAGGCAAUCUGAAAGCCAACUUCAUUAUUGACUAAAGCCUUUCAACGAUUGUCUUCGAUUUAGUGUUUGGUCUUGUUGAAUACAAAUAAAAGUAACA